UGUGUUUGCAAAGUAAAGUCCAUCGUGAGUCCAAACGGCUGACAAACAUUUUUUUUUGAAGCCGUGUCUGCUGUUUUACUUUCAAGCUAAACAAGUCUGCUAGCCAUAAAGUUCCAUUUUAAUGAAAGAAGACAUGAUGGUAAAGAUGUUUAUUCGUCUGUUGUUGCUUUUGCUGUCAAUGGAGGGAAUGAGCGGCAAUAUUAGUCUUCAGCUGGCUGGGAAACCACUUGAAGGUCGUAAGCAGGAGGUCAUUCAGGCUACCCAGCAGCUGUUGGCGGCCAUUAACGAAGCAGACUACCAACUCUACCAGAAUAUGACUGAUCCAGGCCUGACGUCCUUUGAACCAGAAUCUUUAGGCCACUUGGUGGAGGGCAUGGACUUCCAUCGCUUUUUCUUCGAAAACGGCAUGCCAAAGUUCACACUGUCUGGUCACACUAUUCUUCUUAACCCCCACGUUCACCUGCUGGGCGAGGAUGCCGCCUGCGUGUCUUAUGUCCGCCUGGUGCAGUACUUCGACGUCAAUAGUGCGGUGACUCGCACCACCAAGUUCGAGGAGACUCGCGUCUGGCAUCACCGUGACGGAAAGUGGCGCAAUGUUCACUUCCAUCGAUCAGUGUCCUCGCAGGGACAGAUUUAGUCCUUUUCUCCAAGAUUGAAGAGUUUUAUUGUCAUGUGCAUCGUAAAACAGGCAGUUAUGUAUGCAAUGAAAUCCUCAUUCUGUUCAUUCUCCCAAGAAAAGAAAGAAAACACAAGAAAAAGAAUAAGAACAUAAGAAACAAUUGUAACUUUCCUUACAAUUAUGGUGACGUCAACUUUUCUUGCAACAUUGUGACUAUUUUCGUAAAAUUAAAACUUUUCUUGCAGCAUUCCAUAUUG